AUGACAGCUCUCAGGCCCCUCAGGAAGCCCAAGAACAUCAAGAAGAGGACCAAGAAGUUUAUCUGGCACCAGCCCAACAGAUCUGACAACAUCAAGAGAAACUAUCAUAAACCAAAAGGCACUAACAACAGAGUGCAAAGACAAUUCAAGGCCCAGAUAUUAAUGCCCAACAUUGGUUAUGGAAGCAAUAAGAAAACAAAGCACAUGUUGCCCAGUAGAGUCAGGAAGCUCUUGGUGCACAAUGUCCAAGAGCUCAAAGGGCUCCUGAUGUGCAACAAAUCUUACUGUGCUGAGAUUACUCACAAUGUUUCCUCCAAGAAUCGGAAUCAUUGUGGAGAGAGCAGCUCAGCUGGCCAUCAAGAUCACCAAUCCAAAUAA